AUGACUCGAACUCCAAUUACAAUGCCUAUAAAUAUAGUAGUCGAACUCCAAUACCAGGUCGGAGCUGUCAUCAAAGCUGCUUCAUCAGCUGGCGCCGUCUGUGGGAAACGACUUUUUCCUUACGGUGAACGGCUUUGUAUGGUAGAGACCCGAUCAAGCAGAACAACAAUGGCUUCAGAUCCCGAACGAACGGGUAUCGACGACACCGCAAAGGCCGCCGCCACUGCCAAAACUGCCAAGGCAGCCGAAGUAGCCAAAGCUGCAAAAGCCGCCAAGGCCGCUAAGGCAGCAGAAGCGGCCAAGGCUGCCGCGGCAAACCCAGCAGGAGGGAAUCAGAUGACCCCAGAAGCGUUUGCCCAUAUGCAAGAACAGAUAAAAACUUUAACUCAAGGGUUACAGACUGCGAUGCAGGAAAACGUGAACUUACGAAAGCAAAUCUCCGAGCCAAAUAUCCCGAGAUUGCAAAACAGUCGCCACGGAGAUGACGAAGACAUGGAGGAAGGCGAAUCCAGAGGCGAUACUCAAGAUGCAAAACCAGAUCGAAGGAUUAAUGAAGCAUGUCAAAGCACAAACCCCUGCCACGGUAGGGCAGCCGAAAUAGCUAAAGCAGCAAAAGCCGUCAAGGCCGCUGCUGUCGCCAAAAAGGCCGCUAAGGCAGCAGAAGCGGCCAAGGCCGCCGCAACAAACCCAACAGGAGGGAAUCAGAUGACCCCAGAAGCGUUUUCCCAUAUGCAAGAGCAGAUAAAAACUUUAACUCAAGCUUUACAGACUGCGAUGCAGGAAAACGUGAAAUUACGAAAGCAAAUCUCCGAGCCAAAUAUCCCGAGAUUGCAAAACAGUCGCCACGGAGACAACGAAGACAUGGAGGAAGGCGAAUCCAGUGAAAAGGAAAGCCAAAACUGA